GCUGACGAGCGGCUGUGCGUCUUGGAGAGGGCUGAGACGCCAGAGACGCGCAACUGCAGCGGCGCAGUCUGGUCGGAGAUCCCGUCCAGCACUCAACGGCUGUCCGAACGGUUUUUGCGACAACACGCGACCACCUCCAAUCUACACACAAGUCCUUCACUCGCAAACGAUGGAUCCCUCCUCCCCUCCCCAAAUAGCCAUGUUGGAGGAGUGAAAUGGGAGAUGAUGCGCACCUUGGCCAAAAUCCCGGAGCUUUUUUGAACAGCUCUGUGGGUGUGUGAGCGCGUCGGGCUCGCCGUUACAUCAGGACUGCACUCGACAACUUGACCCGCUUUUCAUCAAGUCAUGUCUGAUACAGAGCGAUGGGCAAGUUUGACGACAACGAGAGGAUAAUCCUCAACGUCGGGGGCACCAGGCACGAAACCUACAAAACCACCUUGAAGACCUUGCCUGGGACGCGCCUGGCCCUACUUGCCUCCGACUCGGACAUAGACUCCGUGCUGGAUCAACUGCAACAAGUCCCCGGCUUCAUCGAGUACAACGCCGGGACCAACGAGUACUUUUUCGAUCGCCACCCGGGCGUCUUCUCCUACGUGCUCAACUACUACCGCACCGGGAAACUCCAUUGCCCGGCGGAUGUGUGCGGACCCCUAUUCGAGGAGGAGCUCUCCUUCUGGGGCAUCGAUGAGACGGAUGUGGAGCCAUGCUGCUGGAUGACUUACAGGCAGCACCGGGACGCGGAGGAGGCUCUGGACGUGUUCGAGCUCAACGUGGACAACGGGGAGGAUGACGAAGGGAUAGGGAAGAGGCUCGGCAUCGAGGACGUGGCCUCCGACGGUAAUGUCAGCCUGUGGAGGAAGUGGCAACCGGUGAUCUGGAAUCUAUUCGAGGAUCCCUACUCCUCCAGAGCGGCGCGGGUAAGGGCGCACGGCUGCGUCUGGGGCUCUCCAAACAUGCACAGUAACCCCCUUCCUUACACAUAGC